GCAGAUCAUGUCAACUAUCACUCACUGGAUCUGACAUCAGUAAAUGGUCAGGAGGUCAGAGGUCAUCUUUCAUCAUAACCUGUUACUACACUGUGAAUAUAUCACAAGAAGAUACCAUGCCAUCUCCACAUUCAGAUCCAGUAACAGUAACAGUUCAGAUUUGUACAGUUUCAACAUCAUCUACAACUGCUGGUACAACAACAGUCACGACAACUUCUAAAGCUGUAACAUCCACAAAUAAAACCACAGCUGUUUUAACAUCAACCACCACUAUGAGGCCUACAACAGGAACAGUCAAACCAACUUUGUCCACUACUGUAACCACAACACAACAUACAACUGGUAAGCUACAGUACAACUCAAACUCAUGUUAAUAUAAAUGAAA